AUGCAGCUCCUAUCCCUCCAAACUCAGUGCUCAUGGUGUACUAUCUUCUUGUCGGCGACUUUGCUCGGGGCCCAGAUGGUGCAGGCAUCUAUCGAACUCGAUCUAGACAACCAAGAAUCCAUCAAGAAGGCCGCCAAAACAGCAGCGUCGGGAAUGCUACAAUACUACACCGGCCACAGACCGGGUGAUGUCCCCGGUAACCUCCCAGACCCUUAUUACUGGUGGGAGACUGGCGCCAUGUUUAACGCCAUGGUCGAGUACUGGUACUACACAGGGGACUCGCAGUGGAACGACAUAACAACACAAGCACUGCUCCACCAAGUUGGACCGGAGCACAACUACAUGGAACCCAAUCAAACCCGGACGCUGGGCAACGACGACCAAGCGUUCUGGGGCCUCGCGGCCAUGGCAGCCGCAGAGGUGAAGUUCCCCAACCCGCCGAAAGACAAACCGCAGUGGCUUGCGCUGGCCCAGGGUGUCUUCAACACGCAAUACCCACGCUGGGACAAUAAAAGCUGCCACGGAGGACUGAAGUGGCAGGUCUUCUCGUUCAACAAUGGCUACAACUACAAGAAUACCGUCUCCAAUGGGUGCUUCUUCAACCUCGCUGCUCGAUUGGCAGUGUACACGGGGAAUCAGUCGUAUGCAGACUGGGCCGAGAAAACGUGGGAUUGGGUCUACGAGGUCGGCCUGAUCAGCAAAGAAUGGCAGUUCUUCGACGGCACGGACGAUAAGAAUAACUGUACCGAGUUGAAUCAUAUUCGCUGGACCUACAACGCAGGACUAUUCCUCCUCGGAGCAGCUCACAUGUAUCACUUUACCGACCGAUCCGAGGUUUGGAAAACUCGCGUCGAGAAUAUCAUCAGCGGAUUAGACAUCUUCUUCCCCAUCGGCGACAUCAUGAGCGAGGUCGCCUGCGAGCCGAACGGCAAAUGCAACGUCGACCAACGAUCCUUCAAAGCAUACCUCUCGCGCUGGAUGUCGCACACCAUCCAAAUCGCCCCCUUCACCAAAGACCUACUGAUGCCCAAGCUUCGAGCAUCGGCCGAAGCAGCCGCUUUGCAAUGCAGCGGGCCCGACAAUGCGUGCGGGCUGCGCUGGAACCGCAACGAGACCUUCGACGGCAGCACGGGCGUCGGCGAACAGAUGGCUGCGUUGGAGAUCUUUCAGGGCCAUCUGGUUGAUUACGUGGAUAAGCGGGUUUCUGCGAACACGGGGGGCAUCAGUGAGGGCAAUCCGGAUGCCGGGACAGGGAAGUCUGAUGAGGACUCGGUGGGGAUUCAUGAGCGGGUUAUUUCGACGGCUGAUCGGGUGGGCGCGGGGCUGUUGACGGCGUUCAUUGUGAUAGGGAGUAUUUCGGCGGUUUAUUUUAUGGCGGUUUGA